GCAGCAUUCCCUGACCCCAAGGGCAUCUGGAGCCAAGUGAUUCCUGUUGGAUUUGCUGCUGCCUGAACACCAAGACCUUCAUCAGCCCUGUGAAGACGUGGGAGUGGUGGAUCAGCCAUGAAGAUCCUGUACCUGCUCUUCCCCUUGCUCCUCCUGCUGGUCCAGGGUGCUGCAGAAAUAGGAGAUCCAGUUAAAUGCAGACGGCAAGGGGGAAUCUGCACUUUUGGUGGUUGCCGUCCCCCUACAAUACCAAUUGGAUUCUGCGCAAAAGACAAAUUCUGCUGCAAACGACGUGGGAGUGGUGGAUCAGCCAUGAAGAUCCUGUACCUGCUCUUCCCCUUGCUCCUCCUGCUGGUCCAGGGUGCUGCAGGACGUCCCCCUCGCUUCUGGCUCCUGGAACCAUCUCCCGAUGUCCUUUCCCCUCCCUGCCUCUGCCAUGCCCAG